AUGAAAAACAAGACACAUACUACAGAUCAUACUAUUCUUGCUAUAUUAAUCUUUGGUUUACCUAUUCAAUUUAUUGAUAUCAAUUUCUAUCUUGCUUUCUAUCAUAAUGGUAUUGUACAGCCAUCUACACAUAGUAUUUGUCUUUUAUGGUGGUUUACUGAUUUGUGCUUUUAUACUGGAGGUAUUAUUUUGAUGGCUUGGUUAGCUAUUGAGCGACACAUUAUAAUAUUUCAUGAUCGUUGGCUUUCAACUAGGAGCGGACGGCUUUUAUUUCAUUAUCUGCCACUAAUUAUUCUGGUAACGUAUAGCUUACUGUUUUAUAUCAUCGUUAUUUUCUUUCCACCGUGUGAAGAUACUUAUGAUUACACAUUACCAGUGUGUAAUGCCUCACCAUGCUAUCAAUCGUAUGGUAUUUUUACAAUGUGGGAAUUGAUUGUCAAUGGCAGCAUACCAAUUUUCUUAGAAGGUAUAGCUAGUGUAGGUCUUAUUAUUCGUGUACAAGUACAAAGACGGCGUCUUUAUCAAUCAGCUCAAUGGGGCAAACAACGACGAAUGAUUAUUCAGCUAUUUUUGGUAUCCGGUUUAAAUAUGAGUUUCAAUCUACCAAUUUAUUUUAUACCCAUCCUUCGUCUCUGUGGUUUACCACCAGACUUUGGCUUACAAGCUGAACUUUAUUUCUUUUUUCUUGGUUAUUUUGUUAUUUUUCUCUUUCCAUUCGCGUCCCUAUGUCAAUAUCCACAGCUUCGCAAAGUAAUUAAAACGAGAAUCUUUCAAUUCAUGCCAAGACAAGCGCGUCAUACAACAAUAGUUAUACCUUUAGCAAUGAAAGCUACACCAAUGAAUAAACCAGCUUGA